UUCCCGCCACCGCACCGGAAGUGCUCUCCUAACUCGCCGCGCCGCAGGAACAUGGCGCAGGAGGCAGGCGACAUGGAAGAUGGACAGCUUUCUGACUCGGAUUCCGACAUGACGGUCGCACCCAGCGACAGGCCGCUGCAGGUGCCGAAAGCACUAGGUGGGGAAAGUGCAGCGAGGCCCUUCCAGGGCACUGCAGCAACCUGUGCACCAGUCUCUCAUUAUCGGACAGUUAAAGGUGUGGACUCAAGUGAAGAGAGUUGUUCUGAUUCAGAUGAUGAUAGCUCUCUUUGGAAACGCAAGCGACAGAAAUGUUUCAACCCCCCUCCCAAACCAGAGCCUUUUCUGUUUGGCCAGAGCAGCCAGAAGCUUCCUUUUGCUGGAGGGAAGAAGGUUAACAACAUAUGGGGUGCUGUGCUGCAGGAGCAGAGUCAAGAUGCAGUGGCCACUGAACUUGGUAUCCUGGAAAUGGAAGGCACCAUUGACAAAAGCAGACAAUGCGAGACCUACAAUUAUUUGCUUGCUAAGAAACUUAAGAGGGAGUCUCAACAUACAACAGAAUUAGACAAAGAGCUAGAUGAAUAUAUGCAAGGUGGCAAGAAAACAGACUCAAAGGAAGAGGAAAAUGGGCAAGGUCAUCUCAAACGGAAACGACCUGUCAAAGACAGACUAGGGGAUAGACUAGAAAUGAACUACAAAGGCCGGUAUGAGAUCACAGAGGACGAUUCUGAGGAGAAAGUGGCUGACGAAAUUACUUUCAGGUUGCAGGAACCAAAGAAAGAUCUGAUAGCCCGAGUAGUGAGUAUAAUUGGGAACAAAAAGGCAAUUGAACUUCUGAUGGAAACUGCAGAAGUUGAACAAAAUGGUGGCCUUUUUAUAAUGAAUGGUAGUCGAAGAAGAACACCAGGUGGAGUUUUCCUGAAUCUCCUGAAAAACACUCCCAGUAUCACUGAAGAACAGAUUAAGGACAUUUUCUACAUUGAAAAUCAAAAGGAAUAUGAAAAUAAAAAAGCUGCUAGAAAGAGGAGAACACAGCUGUUGGGGAAAAAGAUGAAACAAGCUAUUAAAAGUCUAAAUUUUCAAGAAGAUGACGAUACAUCACGAGAAACUUUUGCGAGUGACACAAACGAGGCCCUGGCCUCUCUCGAUGAGCCACAGGAGGGACAUGGAGAAACAAAGCUGGAUGCAGAGGAAGCCAUUGAGGUUGACCAUUCUCACGACUUGGACAUUUUCUAGUACAUUUUAAGGAAUAAACCUUUCUUAAUAAUAUUGUAAUAAACCAUUUCUACUGAAUUGCUUUGUUUAACUUUGCACUGAUAAACAUGAAAAUCUGGAGAGAAAGACCUGUAUUCUUGUUUUAAAUAAAAUUGAGUAUGUGGUGAGAUGAAUGUGAUUGAUAGAAACAUCUAGAAUUUUCUCACAUCUGACAACAUAACGGGAGCAGAGCAUUUAAUUUCGCAAUCUGUUGCAUGUGCUAAUUAUAACUAGUUGAUAAUCAGUUGUCUAGGUCAUUAUAACAUGCCAUUCAAAAGUUUGUUUUCUCUUUCUGAUUUUGCAAUGAAUUAUGACUGGUUUCAAAACAUUCCAUUAAAAAAUCCUAAUGAGAUACAUAAAUUGUUAAACUAUUUAUUACAUAUGCAUCCAAAUUUAGUUUGUGUUCUAAGAACUCUUAGGCUUUUUUAAGGAUAAGAGAUUAAACUUCAAAUAGGUUUAUACUGAUGGCUUUUUCCACUUGUUUGUCCAGAAAUAAACAGCAGAAGCUCUUCCAAGAUAGAUUGAUUCAAACUUCAACUUUGUUUUGUCUUUUUUUUGUUGUGUUUAAUUUAACUUUGUUUUUGACUUAUCAACUUGGUCAUACACUCAAUACUGAAUGUGAACCAUACCUGUGUAAUUACCAUGUAUAUUUAAUUUUUUAAUGGUGGCUUGCCUAAGACUGUUUUACCUUAUGUUAAGGAAGUAUUAAAAAUGUCACAUCUGCAUGAAUUUUCAAAUUAUUCAUUUUUAUUAAAAAGGAGGAAUAAACCUUCUAAAGAUAGGUUACUUAAGAUGUUCCAAGAGUUGACUAUAGUUUACAAAAUAAAUUAAGCAAAACUAUGUAGGAUGUGAUUAGAACUAUACAGACAUUGUACUUGAACUCAGUCGUUCCUGAACUACAUGGUCAUUGAAGUUGGAUUUAAGAAUUUAAGUGGGAAAAGAAGAGAAAAGUGGUUAUUGGUUCCUUUGUGUUCAUAAAGAAUGCAAAAAUAAAAUUAAUUUUAGAAGUCAUU